AUGGACGAGGUUCCUCGCAUCUAUCCUGAGUUCUACCACAAAAUCAUCAAUGACAUGAAUAUAUGUGAGCUUCGCUAUUUUUACUGCUACGUGCGUAUGGCAGGAGCUCCUAAUCAAGAGAUGCCUGUCAUUAAAAGGGAACUGGGAGAACUCGGCACAAAGCUGAACGACUUGCAAUUUAAACCUGUUUUUUUCGCUGAAGGAGCCCAUAUCAUGAGAACUCUCGCUCUCGAAAUCAUGCGUCUUCGUGUGCAGAUUGAGCAAAUUAUUGACACUCUUCCAAAGAUCGGCUACACGGAAACGGACGGAUCUACUGGAAGUUGA